GUCGAAAGAGCAGCAGCAGGGGCAGCAGGGUGUAGCGGCCAGCUCGGCUGGUGAGCCGGCAUUUACCGCUGUUGUUGUUGGUACUGCUUCUGCUGCUCCUGCUGUUUCUGUUGCUGCUGCUGCGGACCGUGAUGGGGGUCUAGCGGUAUCACCAGGGGAUUGCAGCAGUAGCAUUGGCUCGGACAUCAACGGCGAGGUGCUACCCGGCGUCAGCAGCAGCAGCGGCAGCCGUCAUCCACACGAUGUUGAUGUUAUUGCGGUCAUUGGUGCGGUCGUUGAUGCGGAUGCGGACGAGGAGGAAAGUACGGAACGUACCGGUCUGGAGGUGCUGCAACACCCUGCCGCUAUCGCCGCCUCUGCUAGCACCAGCAGCACCAGCAGUAGCAUCAACAGCAGCAGUUCUAUUAGCAAUGGCAGCGCUGUAUUGGCGGACCUCCAUGCGCUUCUCGCCCCAACGGCUCGUAACGGUACUGGUACCGGUACCAGCAUCACUCCCGGCGUCGACAGCAGAACACAUCUUCCAACAGGAGGCAGCGCAGCAAUCUCAGCAGCAGCAGCAGCAGCGGCAGCAGGCAGCAACAGGCUUACAGCUGCCGCCGCUGCUCCGACUGCUGCUAAUACAGCUCCUGCUGCUGCCCCUGCCGCUGGUACUGCUACCACCACCACGGCUGCUGUUGCAGGAUUGGCAGCAACGAAGAGGACGGCAGUAGCAACUUCCGCCGCCUCCACUGCCUUACCCUCAGCCGCCGCCGCUACCUGCGCUGCUACAGCCACUGCAGCAGCAGGGCCCACAACAACAGCAGCAACAACAGUAGCUGCUGCUUCUGCCUCUGCCUCUACAUCAGAUCAACAACAACAAGAACAACCACAGGGGCAACUGCAAGGGCGGGUGUAUGCCGGGACCUUUGUGGGGGAGGAGGAGGAGCUGCUAGUUGAGGAAGACCGCAUGCAUCACCAAGACUUCGACUGCAGCUGCAACUGUGAUAGUGACGGCAGCCACGACCAUGACGACGACGAUGACGAUGAUGAUGAUGAGGAGGAGCAGGAGGAGGAGGUCGACCAGGACAUUGCUGGCAGCGACAGAGACAGAGACAGCUGGGGAGGCGCUUACGAUCAGGACAGCAGCGACGAUAGCGGUGGCCGUACGGCUGCCAAGAGCUGCUUAGAGCUGCGGACACAUGCCGCGGUGGCUGCAACGCACGGCCAAGAACACCCGUCAGCAGCAGUUGCAGCGGUCGGCCAACAACACGCAACCCUCGGUCAUGCACAUGCAGCUGUAGACGCAGCACUCGGGCUUCAAUCGGAGCUUCAUGCGCCUGGUGGGCUGGGUGAGCGUGGGAAGAAGGCCGGGAAGAAAGGGCGGCACACCCCAGCAGCAGCCGGCGGCUGUGGAGGCGCCUCCCAUGCGUCUCGUUGCUCCUGUCGGUGCGCCUGUUGCGGUUCGGGGGACCCGGCGGUGGGGUGUGACGGAGGCGAGGGGUGCGGGUGCGGGGAGGUGUGGUGGGCGGCGGUGCCGCUGGAGGAUGCGGUGGGGGUGGUGGAGGACCACUGGGCAGGGCUGCUGUGGCGGCGGGUGGGGGCGAUCCUGCGGCGUCGGGAUGGGCUGUGAGAGGGUGUGUGUGGGAGUUGGUGGGGUUGAGAGUCGCGGUUGGGGUUGUGGUUAUGGUAAGGGUUCAGCGGGUGUAAUGUUGGGGGUAAUGUUGUUCGUAGGGUGCGUGGGUCGAGUGCGUGUGGGGCGGUGGUGAGGUUGUGGAGUGCUGGUUGCAUGCAGGAUGGCUAGCAGGAUGAGGGGGUGUGAGGGGGUGUGAGGGUAAGGCACGAGAUUGAUGGGAGGGAGGGGGCGCGUUUCAUGUGUGUCUGCUCAAGUAAAAGCUGGACAAUGCUCUGUGAGUUAAGAAAACCGGGCCGCGAGUAGGAGUGAAGAGGUGGUUGUUUUGGAAGUGGUAGGACCGGUGAACGAGAACGCGUGUGAACGAGAGGGUGCGCGGGAGAGGGAAGCAUGGGGCUGCAGCCGACACAAACACAAACACAGACAGCACUUGAAGAGGUUACUGUACAUAGGCAGGCAGCACGCAUGUGGGGCAAUACAACGAGAGAAGACAUCGGAGCUAAGCGAUAGAUAUGACACGAUUUCUGUCGCGUGCUGAAUUGGGAAUUUGUAAGUACCGGGGUCGGUG